UGUUGAUAUUCCCUCCGUCAGCUGUGAUAAUGAGUCUCCGGACGCAGCUCGGAUUGUUACUGUGGAAGAACUUCACUCUCCGGAGGCGGCAGAAGUUGCGGCUGCUGGUGGAGCUGGUUUGGCCUUUAUUUCUCUUCUUCAUUCUGGUGGCGGUCAGAUCCACCAACUAUCCCGUUUAUAAAAGCGAAUGCCACUACCCCAAUAAGCCCCUCCCCUCGGCAGGUGUGUUGCCAUGGAUACAGGGCAUGUUGUGUAACAUGCAGAACCCGUGUGUCAGUUUCCCCACACCUGGAGAAGCUCCUGGACAGGUGAACAACUUCAACAACUCCACAGUGACGAAGGUGUUGGUGGAGGUUCAGUCUCUGCUGGCGGAUCCUGCUUUCUUCAGCUCCGCUAAACUGAUCUCUGAUGAUUUCAGCCAGUGGACGUCUGUCCUGCAGAACACAAACACAACCGCAGGUCAGUCUAUUCCCCUCCGCAGUUUGCUGAAGACCAACGAGACGUUUUCAGAAUAUCUGACGAACAGCCUUUCGGUGCCAAACACAACAGCGGCAAGUCUGAUGAGGGUGAAGGUUCGGCUCGGACAGUUGCCUGCGCUCUCAACUGAUGGAGAUCUGCGCUCUGUUCUCUGCGGUUCAUCAGUCGAUCGCAUCCUGGAGUUCAGCUCAGCCAAUCAGAAAGCAGAAUUUCAGAACAUCACAUGCUCCCUGACAGCCAAUCAGCUCCUUCAAGCCAGACGAGUGUUUGUGCAGAAUCUGGACAACCUCAAACUCCUGAACGCACUUCCAUUAGCUCUGGGUCUGAACCGCAUAGAGGCAGCCGUUCUGAUGGCACAGACCAGCGCACACAUCUCCACACUCAUGACAGCGAUGCCUGACUUCAGAUCUUCAGCACUGCUAGGAGCUGCCGGAUCUUUAGACUUCAGGUCGGAUCCGUUCGGCGGCAUCACUCAGCUUCUGUGUGGAAGCGGAUUGAACAAAACAUCCAACAUCGCCAGCAGAUCUGCAGCAAUGUCAGACCAGCAAAACACUCGCGCCGCAACCGCAGACAAUAACAACUCGACCAGCACCAACACCAGUGAGUUUUGUAAAAACCUGACGGAGUCGUUGGAGAGCUCGUCCAGCACGCGUCUCAUCUGGAGGACCUUUAAACCCUUUCUGCAAGGAAAAGUUCUUUACACACCUGACACCAACGUCACACGCAGGAUCAUCAAAGAGGCUAACCGCACCUUCGAUGCUCUGGCCAAAGCUGGUGAUCUGGCAGAUUUCUGGCUGCAGAAUAAAGACUCUCUCUGGAGUUUCUUCAGCAGCGGCGCUCAGAUCAACACACUCAGGGUUCUACUGAAGAACCCGGUUCUGGCAGCUGUUCUGGAUCAGACUCUAGAGAACUCUGGUUUUUCGUCAGCUGUGAUCAGUAAUUUCCUCUUCAACGGGCCGGAGUCGGAGCGGCCGGCUGGAAUGCCUUCGUUUGACUGGAGAAACGUCUUUAACGCCACGAGCCAAUCAGCACAGCAGCUCACGCAGAUCCUUAAGUGUUUUGAUCUGGACAAGUUUGCCAGCGUCAGCACUGAGUCUCUGCUGGUUAAUCAGGCUCUGAAUCUGCUGGAUCUGGACCGGUACUGGGCCGGUCUGGUGUUUACUGAUCUCGGAAACCCCAGUGACCCUCAGCCUCCGACACACAUUAGAUAUAAGAUCCGCAUGGAUGUCCAGGACACAGAGAGGACCGACAAACUCAAGGAGAGGUCGUGGUCCCCCACAGCUCGUGAUAACCCCAUGAAUGACCUGCGUUAUGUGAGUGGAGGAUUCGUGUACCUGCAGGAUAUGGUGGAUCGAGCCAUUAUUAAAGUCCAGACGGGGGUGCAGCAGACGCUCGGAGUUUACGCUCAGCAGAUGCCCUAUCCCUGCUACAUGGAUGAUGCCUUUGUUUCUGCCAUCGGUACGAUGUUGCCCAUGUUUCUGGUCCUGGCGUUCAACUAUUCGGUGUCAGAGAUCAUCAAGGGUCUGGUUCUAGAGAAGGAACGGCGGCUGAAGGAGGUGCUGCGGGUUUCAGGCGUCUCAAACUCCACCAUUCGCUUCUGCUGGUUUGCAGAAAACAUGACUCUGCUGAUGGUUCCCUGCGCUAUCAUCUCAGUCAUGGUGAAGUAUGGAAAGGUUCUGCGAUACAGUGACCCUUCGGUGAUCUUUGUGUUCCUGCUGGUCUUCUGCCUGGCCACGGUCAUGCAGUGCUUUUUCAUCAGUGUGUUUUUCUCUCGGGCGAAUCUGGCUGCCGCCUGUGGGGGCCUUCUGUACUUCCUGCUCUACCUGCCGCAUGUGCUCUGCUACGCCUGGAGGGAUGUGCUGGGAUUCGGCGCCAAAAUCGCAACGAGUCUGCUGUCGUGUGUGGCGUUCGGAUACGGCUGUGAGAAUUUCUCCACUUAUGAAGCUCAGGGCGUGGGGAUCCAGUGGAGCAACAUCCGCAGCAGCCCGCAGGACAACGACAGAUACUCCUUCAUCGUCUCCAUCUUCAUGAUGCUGUUUGACGCACUCAUAUACUGGACCCUCACCUGGUACAUCGAGAAUGUCUAUCCAGGCCAGUACGGGAUUGCAAAGCCGUGGUAUUUCCCCUUCACCUCCUCCUACUGGUGUGGAUCUAGAGUGGGAUCUGAUGGCCAUCCAGACCUGCUGCAGGACCUGGAAAACCAGAGCGGUUUUCUGGAAAAGCCUCCGUCUGACCUGAAGCCCGGCGUCUGCAUCCGGAACCUGGUGAAGGUUUAUAAGACGGGGAAUAAACUGGCGGUGGACGGACUGAGCCUGGACUUCUAUCAGGACCACAUCACCUCAUUUCUAGGACACAACGGAGCCGGGAAGACCACCACCAUGUCGAUUCUGACGGGUCUGUUUGCUCCCACAUCUGGAACGGCUUACGUUAACGGCUACGACAUCCGAACAGACAUGGACUCCAUCAGAAAACAGCUGGGAAUGUGUCCGCAACACAACGUGCUCUUCGAUGAUCUGACGGUGGAGGAACACAUUUACUUCUAUGCACGUCUGAAAGGCAGAAGCUCUAAAGAGGUGAAGAAGGAAAUCGAUCAGAUGAUCAGAGAUGUUGGUCUUCCUCACAAACGCAAAGACCUCGCUAAGAAUCUCUCAGGUGGAAUGCAGAGAAAGCUUUCUGUCGCCAUUGCGUUUGUUGGCGGCUCGAAUGUUGUGAUUCUGGACGAGCCGACAGCAGGAGUGGAUCCGUACGCACGCAGAGGCAUCUGGGAGCUGCUGCUCAAAUAUAAACAAGGUCGCACCAUCAUUCUGUCCACACACCACAUGGAUGAAGCCGAUAUUCUUGGUGAUCGAGUCGCCAUCAUUUCUCACGGCCGCGUCCAGUGCUGCGGAUCUUCACUCUUCCUCAAGAAAACCUACGGCAGAGGAUAUUACCUCACCAUCGCACGAGCCAAUCAGGAGCGAGCGCCGGCGCAAUGUGUACCUUUACCUGAAGAGUUUGAUCAAUCGAGUGUGGACGAGGGCAUUUGCAGCGACAGCAUCAGCAGUCUGGACCCUCCAGAUGUGUCUGAUGUGAGUCGUCUGGUGCGCCGGCACGUCCCGGAGGCUGAGUUUCUGGAGGCGGUGGGUCAGGAGCUGGUUUACGUUCUGCCGUACAGCGGAGCCACAAACGGCAGCUUCGCCACUCUCUUUAAAGAGCUCGACCUGGAGAAAAACACACUGGGCGUCACCAGCUACGGCAUAUCAGACACCAGCCUGGAGGAGAUCUUCCUGAAAGUGGCUGAAGACACUGGUGUUGAUGUUGAAUCUCAUGAUAAGCCCAAACAAAAGCCCAGAAGCAGCUCAAGGAUAUCAGGAAUACAGAGUAUCAGCUCCACGCUGGAAUGCAAAGAUGCGAAAACUGUGAAAAAUGAGGCGAAGGUUAGAUUCGCUAGUCGUGUUGAGGACACGCAGCGGCCCAUGUGUGCGAAUGGUAAAGGAUCAGAUGUCAUCAAGGGCUGGUCCCUGAUCAGACAGCAGUUUCUAGCUCUCUUUAUCAAGCGAUUCCACCACGCUCGCAGAAGCCGGAGGGGAAUUAUAGCUCAGGUGGUGUUGCCGGCGUUCUUCGUGUGUUUGGCUCUGAUCUUCUCUCUGAUCGUUCCUCCGUUUAAUGAAUAUCCCAGUCUGGAGCUUCAGCCCUGGAUGUAUGGAGCUCCGCAGAACACCUUCUACAGUUUUGAUGGUCCUGGAGUGGUUCAGGUGGAGAAGGUGACAAAAGCUUUGCUCAACUCACCAGGAUUUGGGACGCGCUGCAUGAGCACGAACCCCAUACCUAAGUUACCGUGUGUCUCUGCUGGUUCCACUGGUUGGUUCACUCCUGCUGUGGAUCCGUCCAUCAGUGAUAUCUUUGAUAAAGGGAACUGGACUCUGCAGAACCCGUCUCCCGCCUGUCAGUGCAGCACCCCUGAGCGCAGCUUCAUGUUGCCCGACUGCCCACCCGGGGCCGGGGGUCUGCCGCCACCACAGAGAACUCAAAACACCACAGACACCCUGCAGAACGUCACGGGCAGAAACAUGACUGACUUCCUGCUCAAGACCUACCAGAAAUCAGGGAAAAUACGGUAUGGUGGUCUCUCAGUGGGUGGAGUGAACUCUCAGGUGAGGCUGAAUGAGUCUGACAUCACAGCGCUGGUCUCUGACCUCAGAUCAGUCUUCAAUGUCUCACAGUUUAAUCAGUCUGAGGAUAUUUUCCAGGCCAUCCGGCUGUUUCUGUUAGAGUUGGGCACCAGAGACAAUAUGAAGGUGUGGUUCUACAAUCCGGGCUGGCACUCUCUGGUGUCGUUCCUGAAUGUGGCCAGUAACGGCGCUCUGAGAGGGAAUCUGCCGGCGGGACGCAGAGCUGACGAUUACGGCAUCACCACAUUCAACCACCCGCUCAACCUGACCAAAGAACAGCUCUCAGCAGCAGCACUGGCGUCAUCGUCUACAGACGUGGUGGUAGCAAUCUGCGUGAUCUUCGCUAUGUCCUUCAUCCCGGCCAGUUUCGUGCUGUUCCUCAUCCAGGAGCGUGUCAGUAAAGCCAAACACUUGCAGUUCGUGAGCGGCGUCAAUCCCACCAUCUACUGGCUCGCCAACUUCGCCUGGGACAUGUGUAAUUACAUCGUCCCGUGUGUGAUCGUCAUCAUCAUCUUCCUGUGUUUCCAACAAAAGUCCUACGUUUCUCCACCAAACCUGCCUGCGCUAAUCCUGCUGCUGGCGCUCUACGGGUGGUCCAUCACUCCGAUGAUGUACCCGUUCUCGUUCAUCUUCAGUGUUCCCAGCACAGCGUAUGUGGUUCUGACCUGCAUCAACCUGUUCAUCGGCAUCAACGGCAGCGUCGCCACCUUCAUCAUGGAGCUCUUCGACGACCCGAAUAUUACGCGUAUCAAUGACAUCGUCAAACAGGCUCUCCUGGUGUUUCCUCAUUUCUGUUUGGGACGAGGCCUGAUGGACAUGGCCAAAAACCAGGCGGUGGCCACACUCUACCAAAACCUGGGUGAAGACCGCUUCGUAAAUCCCCUCACCUGGGAUAUGGUGGGCAAGAAUCUGUUUGCCAUGUCCAUCCAGGGCGCCGUCAUGUUCGCCGUCACACUGCUGAUCCAGUACAAGUUCUUCUGCAGACCACGGUCUGUAAAGUCACCAUUCACUUCAUCAGCGGAGGAGGAUGAAGACGUGGCCCGCGAACGAGAGCGAGUUUAUAACGGCGGAGCUCAGAAAGACCUGCUGCGCAUCUGUGACCUCACAAAGAUGUACCGUAAGAAACUGACUCCAGCUGUGGAUAAAAUCUGUGUGGGUGUUCCUGCUGGAGAGUGUUUUGGUUUGCUGGGAAUUAAUGGUGCAGGUAAAACGACAACCUUUAAAAUGCUGACAGGAGACAUCAGUCCGACCGCAGGAGACGCUUUCCUCAACGAAUACAGCAUCCGCUCUGAGAUGCAGCAGGUGCAGCAGAACAUGGGUUACUGUCCGCAGUUCGAUGCUAUCGAUGAUCUGCUGACAGGACGAGAACAUCUGCAGUUCUACGCCAGACUCAGAGGAGUUCCUGAAGCAGAGGUGGCCAUGGUGGCUGAAUGGGGUAUCCAGAAACUGGGCCUGGUCAAAUACUCUGAGAAAUCCGCAGGAACUUACAGUGGCGGAAACAAACGCAAACUCUCCACCGCCAUGGCUCUGAUUGGCUGCCCACCGCUCGUCUUCCUCGACGAGCCAACCACAGGAAUGGACCCAAAGGCCCGGCGCUUUCUGUGGGACUGUAUACUGAGUGUCAUUAAAGAGGGACGAUCGGUCAUACUCACAUCACACAGUAUGGAGGAGUGUGAAGCGCUCUGCACUCGUAUGGCCAUCAUGGUAAACGGUCAGUUUCAGUGUUUGGGCUCCAUCCAGCACCUCAAGAGCAGGUUUGGUGACGGAUACACACUGAUCGUGCGUGUGUGUGCGGAUGUGUCUGAUCUGGAUGCGCUGGAGACGUUCGUGAAGGAAUCGUUUCCUGGAAGCGUCCUGAAGGAGAAACACCACAACACACUGCAGUACCAGAUCCCGCCAGCGGACGGAGCGCUCACACACAUCUUCAGCCAGCUCAGCACACACCAACACACACUCGGGGUGGAGGAUUACUCUGUGUCACAGACCACACUAGACCAGGUGUUUGUGAGUUUUGCGCGGCAGCAGCGAGACGAAGAGGACGGAGCGUUCGACAACAAUGUGGAUCUGAGUGACGAAAUACAAACGUCUGCAACAUGAAUCAAAGAUCCGUCAGAUCGAAUCAGUUCUUACUAGCACUUUAUUACACUUAAAUAUUUAUUUCACAUCACACACUGCAAAAACACCUUGCUUACUUUCAGUUUUGGCCUUGUUUCUAGUCCAAAUAUCUAAUGAUUCUGAAAUCAAGAAGACGGCGUCGCCCUGGUAGUCAAAAACUACGGUGAAUUUACGCAUCAGAAAAGAGGUCUCUACCCAAAUGACAAAAGACUCUAGUCAUCUAUAGGAAAUAGUGUAGUGUUUAUGAACAGUGCUAACGUGAAGGGCUUGAAUUAAUCAGUUGUGGUGAUUCUACAGUUGCUAUGGUAACACAACAACUAUAGUAAUUGAUCUGUUGUGGUGAUUCUACAGUUGCUAUGGUAACACUACAACUAGAGUAAUUCUUCUGUUGUGGUGAUUCUGCAGUUGCUAUGGUAACACAACAACUAUAGUAAUUGAUCUGUUGUGGUGAUUCUGCAGUUGCUAUGGUAACACAACAACUACAGUAAUUGAUCUGUUGUGGUGAUUCUGCAGUUGCUAUGGUAACACAACGACUACAGUAAUUGAUCUGUUGUGGUGAUUCUGCAGUUGCUAUGGUAACACAACGACUACAGUAAUUGAUCUGUUGUGGUGAUUCUGCAGUUGCUAUGGUAACACAACGACUACAGUAAUUGAUCUGUUGUGGUGAUUCUGCAGUUGCUAUGGUAACACAACGACUACAGUAAUUGAUCUGUUGUGGUGAUUCUGCAGUUGCUAUGGUAACACAACGACUACAGUAAUUGAUCUGUUGUGGUGAUUCUGCAGUUGCUAUGGUAACACAACGACUACAGUAAUUGAUCUGUUGUGGUGAUUCUACAGUUGCUAUGGUAGCACAACGACUACAGUAAUUGAUCUGUUGUGGUGAUUCUACAGUUGCUAUAGUAACACAACGACUACAGUAAUUGAUUUGUUGUGAUGAUUCUGCAGUUGCUAUGGUAACAUAACGACUACAGUAAUUGAUCUGUUGUGAUUCUACAGUUGCUAUAGUAACACAACGACUACAGUAAUUGAUCUGUUGUGGUGAUUCUGCAGUUGCUAUGGUAACACAACAACUUUAGUCAUUAAUCUGUUGUGAUUGUGCAGUUGCUAUGGUAACACAACGACUACAGUAAUUGAUCUGUUGUGGUAAUUCUGCUGUUGUUAUUUGGUUAUUUCUGAAAACAAGACAAUAUUUUUGUGCUCGUCUUGAAAAUGCUUCUUCAUUUCAGAAUUUUGAGAUGUUUGGACAAGAAACAGGACAAAAACUCUCCUUAAGGAACAUUUUUUGCAGUGUAGGCGUGAUUUAAAGAGUGUGAUUCCUUCAAGAACCAGGAGAGAAUAAAACUCAGGGAUGUUUUAAACGAUAUUUUAAUCCCGUAAUGAUCAUGAAGCACUUAAUAAUAGUUGAUUGUCUUAUUAUUACCAGACUCUGAGAGAUUAUAUAUUUUUAAUAGCAUUGUGUAACAAAACACUGUGAUUUUUGGUGUUUAUUUUUCAAGAUCACUGAUGAUUUUUGGCGUUAUUGUGAUUUAAUAUUCAGUCGGUCUGUUGUACUUAUUUACUGCAGUUAUUUAUUUAUUUCACAUCACAGUCAUGAUUCACAGUUUCAAUGUAAAGUCUACAAGAACCAAGAGAGGAAUCAACAAACAAACUCAGGGUUGUUUUAUGCAAUGUUUUUAUCCAAAGAAAUAAAAUUAUCAUGAAAUACUAAA